AGUCGUACCCAAUCGCAAGUCGCCUGCGAUCCGAUCGCAACCGGUACGGCGAUCCAAAUCGCGAUGGUAUGGCGCUCCAAUUUGCGAUGGUACGGCGAUCCAGAUGCCCAGGCAGAGGAGGAGGACAGCGGCUGGAGGAUGAGGAGGAAGACGACGGCGUCUGGCGGAGGAGGAGGAGGAGGCCGGCGAGUAGAAGCUGACGGAGGACGGCGGCUGGCGGAGGCCGGUGGUGGCGGAAGAGGGCUGGACGACGAGGGCGGUGGCGGACGAGGGCGGAGAUGCGGAGGCGGACCUUGGGAGGAGGAGGCCGGCUACGUGCGGCGGAGGAGGCGGAGAUGGGGCGCGGGAGCUUCGGCGACGAAGGGAGGCGUGGGUUCCGGCGUCAGGAGGUUAGGGUUGGGUUGUGUUUGUGUUGUUGUCCCGCCGGCCAUGGCAGCUGCAAAAUUUGAGAAGACGGAGGAUGAAUGGAGGGCCAUCCUCUCCCCCGAGCAGUUUCGGAUCCUCCGAGAAAAGGGCACCGAGUUGCGUGGUACAGGAGAAUAUGACAAGCAUUUCGGGGACGGCGUCUACAAUUGCGCGGGCUGUGGCACGCCGCUCUACAAGUCAACGGCCAAGUUCGACUCGGGGUGUGGGUGGCCCGCCUUUUACGAAGGUCUCCCGGGGGCAAUCACCCGGUCUCCCGACCCCGACGGGAGGAGGACUGAGAUCACCUGCACCGCCUGCGGCGGCCACCUUGGCCAUGUCUUCAGAGGAAAAGGCUACAAGACACCCACGGACGAACGCCACUGCGUGAACAGUGUUUCCGUCAAGUUUGCUCCUGCAAGUUCUUCCCAUUCCUGAACUUCCUCUUUUGGAACUGAAAAAAAUAAUCUCUUGUUUGUUUUUUUGUUUGUUUGUUUGAGAUGAUGCUCUUCAUACGCUAUAUGUCCAUAUAUAUGUUUUGUAUUGAAGUGUGGUGUGAGUUGGUUACUUGGUUUAAUAAUGAGUUUAUGAGGUC